AAUAUACGUAGUCGUAUGUCGAACACACAUGUAGUAUAAAGACUAAUUAGGAAAUAGUGUGUGGUGGUACUUGAGAGAACUCAAAAGUAGCUUCAAGAUCCCGGCAAGUGAUUCAUUUUCAUUUGACAACUGAUUACAAUAAUAGACUAACAUUGCAGCUUUGUUAACGCUUAGUAUAUACGUAUAUUAAUAAUUAAAAAUGCCGAAAUUUCAUAAAGUUGAGAUUAAUAAAACAGAAUGGGAGGUUCCUGAACGUUAUCAAAUGUUAACACCAGUUGGUUCAGGUGCUUACGGACAAGUGUGUUAUUAGAACAUAACGCGGCCUUGACAUAACUCAAGAACUUGUGACAACAAUCUGAUUGUUUUAUUCUUGUAAAUCCCAGCUAAUAAAAACCAAUAAGUCUACGCAAUUGAUGGACUUAACAGAAAGCGUGCGAUAGUAUUAAAUUAUCUUUGUUGGUAUAUUUAUCAUAAAAUAAUAACAAUAUCAGGAUCUAAUUGAUUAUCAUUACUGCUGAUAAUAAUUAACUAUUUUAUAUCUUAAUCGUGAUAAAAUAUAUUGUUUGUCGUCAAUUAGUCAAGGUCGCAUUUUCAUUCUGUUCAGCCGUUGACACUGUGUCUAAUCAAAAAGUAGCUAUCAAAAAAUUGGCCCGACCUUUUCAAUCGGCAGUACAUGCGAAAAGAACCUACAGAGAAUUACGAAUGCUCAAACACAUGAAUCACGAGAAUGUGAUCGGACUUUUGGAUGUUUUUCAUCCAUCAACUUCUUUAGAAGACUUUCAACAAUUGUACCUGGUAACCCAUUUAAUGGGAGCUGAUCUCAAUAAUAUUGUAAGAACCCAAAAACUCUCCGAUGAUCACGUCCAAUUUCUCGUUUAUCAAAUCCUGAGAGGAUUGAAGUAUAUUCACUCAGCAGGAAUUAUUCACAGAGACUUGAAGCCAUCGAAUAUCGCGGUCAAUGAAGAUUGUGAAUUGAAAAUUCUAGAUUUCGGUCUAGCGAGACCAACGGAAAAUGAAAUGACUGGUUACGUGGCAACGAGAUGGUAUCGAGCACCGGAGAUAAUGCUCAAUUGGAUGCAUUACAAUCAAACAGUUGACAUUUGGUCUGUCGGUUGCAUCAUGGCCGAAUUGCUCACCGGAAGGACUUUAUUCCCUGGAACUGAUCACGUUGAUCAUCUAACGCGAGUACUUGUACUUUGUGGCACUCCCUCUGAAGAAACUAUAAGCAAAAUAACAAGUCAAGAGGCUAAAAAUUAUAUACAAAGUCUUCCGCCUCUUAAGAAGAAAAAUUUCAAGGAGGUUUUCCGAGGCGCUAAUCCAUUGGCUAUCAAUCUACUUGAAUUGAUGUUGGAAUUGGAUGCUGAAAAAAGAAUCACCGCUGAACAAGCUUUAGCACACCCAUAUCUAGCUCAGUACGCAGAUCCAACAGAUGAACCGCUGUCUCUACCCUAUGAUCAGAGCUUUGAAGACAUGGAGCUGCCGGUUGAAAAAUGGAAGGAGCUCAUUUAUCACGAAGCUGUUAAUUUUGUACCUCAACAACUGCCAUCUACGUCAGCAGCAGCCGAUCCGUCCUCUAUCUAAUAAUAAUUAUAUAAAUUUUUAAUAAUUAGGUACUGUUUAUAAAACAGUAUACUCACGAAGAAUAUAAUUAACUAAAUGUGUAAAUAAUAUCGUAGGCAAUGUAGAAACUGAUAAACGUCGAGCUUAUUUUUGUUCAAUCUAGUGUAUAUUUUAUAUUAUUAUUAUUAAAUCAAAUUGAUAUGUUUAAUUGUACUAAAAAAAUCAAUUAAUGUUACGAAAAACAAAAAAAAAAAAACAAAAAAAAAUGUAUAGAAAUAUAUUUUUGCAGCGUACUAUUUAACAUUUUACAUUAACAGUUCUAGUCAGACGUAAGGCGAUGUAAGGCCUUGUUCUGCAAAUCAUUAAUUAAUUUAUUAAUUAAUUGAAUAAUUAAUAUGCUCCACAUGAAAUCAUCACUAUUAAUUAUUUUUUUAUAGUCUGUUGUUUAAUUAUCUAAUGAAAUAUGUUUUUUUCCAACAUAGUAGAAUUUUAAGCGAUCAUUUAUAUAAAUUGAUAAUCAUUUAUUCACCUACGAUUAUACUCAAACAAUUUUUUGAAAAUAUAUAUUUAGAAUAUUA